AUAAAUAAAUAAAUACAUAAAUAAAUAAAUAAAUAAAUAUAUAAAAUAAAUAAAUAAAUAUAUAAAAAAAAAGAAAAAAAGAAAAAAGAAAAGAAGAAGCACAAAACGCCAGUCACUUCACGUAGUCCUUAACCAACAUGCUUUGUUUAUGACCCAGUAACAGAGAUCCAGAAUCCGACGCAGCAAACGUAACUAAAUAUUCUUUUGUGCCCUGGAAGCACGAGCUACUAACUAGGGUCGUACCCGACGAACAGGCAAUGGGACUAUCGCCAAACCCCCGACUCCCUCCCACGACAAAUAAUAUAUCCAUACCCAUACAUUUUAAACACAUACUAGUGUGUGUGUGGGGUGAGUGGGGGUUCCCUAUAAAUUAUUAUUGUGCAUUUUUAGAGCACCUCCAUUUAUUUUAGGGUAGGCACGGCCCUGCUAUAUUAUAGAAACUUAAGUGUGCGCCAUGUUUCUUCCUGGUUGCUGAACAUUUACAAUGUCAUGGCGAGAAACAACAUGACCUGUAUUUGGAUAUGUGCUAUGCUCUUCUGUGUAUGUGCGGCUAACGAAACAUUAUCUCAUUGGAGAAACUUCAACUUGGAUUUCCUAGAAGACCAAUAUGUUACCACAAACAAAAUGUCUUGGUGGAAAGCUUCAAACUCGGGUUGCUAUAACGGAGUUUUGUUGUCACAACUUAACAUACGGGAUACGAUUCACCAAUCAAUGGAAACUGACACAAAUUACUGGGUUGGUGUUCUAGAAGUGUACACACCAUGGACGUGGACAGAGGACAUGUCUAUGUUGUUUGUGAUCAACGGAUCUUUGAAUGUUUCUAACUACAAAAGAAAAACACCUUUAUACAACAACGAGCCAUAUCGGUGCUACAAGAAAUGCAAUCAGGGACCAGUUGGUUUACAGGGGAAAUAUUGUUAUUGUUUGAGCAGAGGUAUUACUACAACCAGCCAUUUUGAAGACAUUCGAUGUCCUGGGUCGUAUGAUCAGUUCUGUGGAAGCGAGACCACAAUGUCAGUUUACGAUCUGGAUAUUCCUGAAAAUUUGCCAUUUAACCCUACUAAUGAUGCCACUUGCGGUUACCUCAGUGGUGGCUAUAGGUGGCUUAGUGACAAUAUCUUCAAGCUGAAAUUUGACAAAUCCUGCAACAGUAAUUCGUAUUAUGCUUAUUCUGAAAAUGCGUUAAAGAGACAUAAUGACAGAUGCGUCAGCGGAUUGUGUAUAUCAGGAGAAAAGAAACAAUGGCACAGUGCCAUGGAAGUUUGUAGUAACAAACUUCUUAGGCUAACGACUGACAUCAUGGAGCCCCUAAAGAUACUAAUUUCGUCUACACUGUCUUUGUUCAGACGUUGGUCGAAGCAUUGGAUCGGGCUCAAGCGACAAAGGAAAUGGAAAUGGAUUAAUGGCACUGAUUUCAAUUCCACAGUAUUUGGGAGCGAUAGACUACAGUGUUUAUCUGUGUACAAGACAGAAUCUGGUGAUAUAGAAGCUGAAACACAAAGUUGCUGGAGUGAACUUAAAGCAAUUUGCCAAAUAUACAAGCCUAACACAACAAUAAGGUCUACUUCAACGCCAUCCACAACAAUAAAGUUUACUUCAACGCCAGCCACAACACAAACACCAACAUUCACAUCAACGCGUAUCUCGUCUACUGAGAACAGAAAUCACCCUACAGAUCGGACAGAAACGACAACAUCGACACCGAUGAUAACUGGGAUAACUGAAUCACAGAGACAGAUCGGCUCCAACAAUGGUUCAAAUGGCAUGAUUGCUGGUGUUGCAGUUGGUAUAAUAGCACUUCUAGUAUUAGCUGGAGUUGUUGUUCUUAUCUGGAUGAAAAGAAGCAAGAGAUUUCUUUUCAAGUCCGCUAAACUGGAUCAUCAAAGACGAGCUGCAUCACCAGUCCAUGCUACAGCCUCAGUACCUAACACCUAUGAGCAAUAUGACAACAAUGCAACCAACAGAGUCCAAUAUGAAAAUGUGGCAUACUGUGCUCAACCAAACGCGAAAACCUUGCGUGGUCCAAUCGCAGUUUCGUCCAUCGACUACGACCUUGCUGCUGCAGAUGACGCACUACAAGGAACUCGUCAUUUAGCGGAUCUACCCAAUGGCGUCAGGCCACGUGAUGUCUACGAAAUGGCAGGUCCAGAUGACGCAAAGCCAGAAACGGCUUAUUCAGCAGAUUCGUCCAAUUACGCCUUUCCAGGUGAUUACUUUGAACUGGAGGGUCCAGGUGACUCUGGACCAGAAACAGGUGACUAUGAACUGGAAGGUCCAGCAGACAAAGCUUCUGAUGAAUACAACACUUUGCACGAGACACAACGAAACAGAAACCUAGAUCUGAACUACAGCCACAUUGGUGAGGCCGAGCUAACUGGAGAGCUGUACGACACGACAGAACCUACACCACACGGACGGACGGACAGUGAGAUGUACAGCCACAUCAAGGGAGACAGAUUUGAAGACGAGGAUAUGUACAACCAUACGGACGGGUCUGAUGACCUACCAGAGCAGUAUGAUCCAGAAUACAACCACAUUACUACUAAGUAGAUACAUGUACUAGUAUUUGUCGGCCACAUCGGCAAACCUAGAUACUAUGCAAAUUAUAUACCAGAGAAUAAAUUUUUAUUGAUUUAAUCAGGAUAAUACAUGUUUUGUAAAUAUGGCAAACCUGUACUUACAAAGAAUACAUUUAUAUUGAAGCAUGUGAGAUAAUAAUAUUUGUAAAUAAGGCAAACCUAGAAACUAAGCGAAUUAUGAAACAGAGAAUAUAUUUGUAUUGUAGCAAUCUGGAUAAUGCAUGUUUUGUAAAAGUGGCAAACUAAUAUGUACAGAUGUUGUACCUAGAAACUAAGCAAAUUAUGAAACAGACAAUAUAUUUGUAUUGAAGCAAUCUGGAUAAAGCAUGUUUUGUAAAAAUGGCAAACCUCUAUAUACAAAGACUAUGUUUAUACUGAUACAUUUGACAUAAUACAAUUUGUAAAUAAGGUAA